AUGGCCUCCGUCAAAUUCAUCAGUCAGAAUGGUGAUAAGCAAGAUUGGCGCUGUGAUCGAAUUGCUGCGCCGUGGGGUCUGAAUACACCCGGACCAGAUGCAGAAUGGCUUUUUCGCAAAGACGUUUGUUUGAAGCCUUUCGUGCACGCCAAACUGGUUAUCACUACUCAGGGCGUAUACGAGGCGGAGAUCAAUGGCCAAAUCGUGGGCGACCACUUCAUGGCCCCGGGCUGGACAUCUUACGACCGGAGAUUACAAUACCAGACAUUCGACGUCACGGCGAACCUUUUGAAUGGUCGCAACUGCAUUGGUGUCCGCGUCGCUGAAGGUUGGUUCUGCGGACGUAUUGGCUUCGAAGGUGGCCACCGAAAUAUUUGGGGACCUCAUCCGGCAUUGAUGGCGCAGCUAGAAAUUUACUACGUCGACGACACCGUUGAGAUCAUACCUACCGAUAGCACAUGGGUUGUGCAAAGAGGGCCAAUUCAAUUGGCCGAGAUCUACAAUGGCGAAAAGUAUGAUGCUACUCGAGAGGUUCCGUAUUGGUCGACCAUUGUGCCUGAAGGACCUUGCGAUAUUUCUCAUACCUGGCAACCCGUUCUCUGCAUGCCACCCUUAUCCGAGCGAAUCAUGCUGACAUCGGGAUUUGGCGAGCCUGUGAGACGGAUUGAGAUCAUCAAACCAGUUCAACAACUUCUGUCUCCAAUGGGAAAAUCCAUCCUCGACUUUGGCCAAAACUUGGUCGGAUAUGUCAGGCUGAGAAACAUAAAAGGGUCUCGCGGUCAUAAAAUUGUCAUUUCACAUGCCGAGGUUCUGGAGAAUCAGGAACUUUGCAUCAGACCACUUCGUCAAUGCGACGCGGUGGAUGAAUAUAUCUUGAAGGGAGACCAAGCAGGCGAGAAGUACGAACCUCGCUUCACAUUCCAUGGAUUUCGAUAUGCCCAGGUCGACGGAUGGACCAGCGACUCCAGUCUGAUUGACUCGGUCGAGGCAGUUGUAUGCCACACGGACAUGGAAGAGAUCGGCUCAUUUGCAUGUUCGGAUACAUUGGUCAAUCAGCUGUACCAUAACAUUCGUUGGGGCAUGAAGGGAAAUUUUCUCUCAGUGCCAACAGACUGUCCUCAACGCGAUGAGCGCCUUGGUUGGUCUGGAGACUUGGCGCUUUUUGCCCCAACAGCAGUACUGCUAUUUAACUGCUAUGAUUUUCUCAAGAAUUGGCUUGUCGAUGUGUGGUAUGACCAGCAAACUCUUGAUGGUGUCCCAGCCAUGGUCACCCCCAACGCGACACUCCCAGACCCUGUAUGGUGUCGUCGGAAACCUUGCGCAAUCUGGCACGAUGUCACUAUUCUUGCACCUUGGGCAUUAUAUGGGGAAACCGGCAAGGUGGAAAUUUUAGAACAGCAGUAUGACAGCAUGACCACUUGGUUGCAGAAACUGCCUAGGAAUAAAGAAGGCUGCACUCACCUCUGGGACACCAGCAUCUUCCAGCUUGGGGACUGGCUCGAUCCCGAUGCUCCGCCGGACGCGCCCUGGAAAGGGAAAACGGACGCACAGCUGGUAGCCAAUGCAUUCUUGAUUCAAAGUUUAGACCUCAUGACUCGAAUCACCGCCCUUCUCCACAAGACCGGUGAAAAAGUCGAAUUUGAGAAAGGGUUGAAUGCAGCCAAAAAGGAAUUCCAAGAGGAAUACGUAACCUCCAAUGGUCGUCUUGUAUCCGACAGUCAGGCAGCUUACGCCAUCGCGAUAUGCUUCGGCCUCCUGACACCUACGCAGCAAGAGCGAGCAGGAGAUCGGCUGGUAUAUCUCGUGCGAAAGAACAAUUUUCGAAUCGGCACGGGUUUCGCCGGAACUCCAUUUCUGUGCGAAGCUCUUGCCUUGACUGGUCAUAUUCAAGUUGCGUAUGCGAUGCUCCUUGAAAAUAAAUGUCCUUCGUGGUUGUACCCAGUCACCAUGGGUGCUACUACGGUAUGGGAGCGGUGGGAUAGUAUGCUGCCCGAUGGAUCAAUCAAUCCUGGUGAGAUGACUUCCUUCAAUCAUUAUGCUUUUGGCUCGAUUGCCAAGUUCUUGUAUGAGAGAUUGGCCGGUCUGCAAAGACUGGAGCCUGGCUGGACAAAGUGCCGCGUCGCACCUUGCAUCGGGGCGGAAUUCUCGGAGGCCUCUGCUUCGCAUGAAACCCCUCUGGGCAUUGUGUCUUGUUCGUGGAAGACUACUCAUUUCGGUAAGAAACAGAGUCGUUUGGAGGUCCAAAUCACAGUGCCACCAGGUAUGACCUGUGAGAUUUUCCUGCCAGAGGGGUCAGGGGACUUGCAGAAAACUGUUGGUCAAGGUGAAUGGACAUUUGAGACAUGUUUUACAAGGGAAAAUGAAUGGCCCGUGAAGCCAUUACCUGCUAAGUCUUGA